AUGGCCACCCCUAGAGUCAAAGUGCGAAAAUGGCACAACACCGAGCUGGAGGCCGGUGUCACACUCACACCACCGGCGAGCGAAGCCGGAGGAGGGCCCGACCAGAUCAGCAACCUGCCCGUCGACGCUCUCCACAGCAUCGUCUCGCUGCUUCCCACCAAGGACGGCGCCCGCACCCAGUCCCUGUCCACCCGGUGGCGGCACCUCUUCCGCUCCGCCCCGCUCAACCUGGACGUCGAGCUCCGCCGCGAGGACGAGCCGGCCCCAUCCAGCCUCGUCUCCCGCCUCCUCGCCGACCACCAGGGGCCCUGCCGCCGGCUCUCCCUCACCUGGUACGGCUACAAGUGCGACAUGGUCCCCGCACUGCUGAACCGCUGGCUCCACUCUCCAGCCCUCGACAGCCUCCCCGAGUUCCAUCUGCGGCACAACCGCACGGCAAACAGCGAGGAUGAGGACUUGUGGCGAGCGCGUUACACGCUGCCGCCAUCCGUCCUCAGGUUCGCGCCCACCCUCCGCAUCCUCAGCGUCAUGUGUGCCUGCCACAGGAUCCGUUUCCCCUCCGUGGCCGGUGGCGAUGUACAGUUCCCCUACCUCAAGCAGCUCACCCUUAAAUGUGUCAUCAUCUCGGAGGUCGACCUCCACGGCGUUCUUGCGGGAUGCCAUGUGCUGGAGAGCUUGGUGCUCAGUGAGCUGGAUGGCGUCUCUGGCGUUCGGAUCAGCUCCUCCACCCUAAGGAGCCUAGGUGUGUCCUCUGGUUUUGGACAUGAGCCAGAAGAAGUGUUGGAACAGGUGAUUGUUGAGGAUGCCCCCAACCUAGAAAAGUUCUUCCUAGAUGGAGCAUAG